CAUAUUUUUCUACAGGAUAUUCGAUCGUUCUUCAGCCCUACUGGAAAGACAGCGAAGCAAGGCGCUUCGAAAGUAGAAAAUAAGCGCGGCAAAGAUUCUACUGCGAAGUCAUUAACGAAACAAGAUGUACGAAAGCUCCGAACGAAAACCAAGGUAAGUAAUGGAUUACGUAGCAUUUGAGAGAGAGAGUUAUUUGUGUUAUCAGGGAAUUCGACUUCAGAAGCGACGGAGAAAAGAUCUGCCCAUAUCACAGCCCCUGUCUGACUGAAUCGAUCAUUGUUUGUGUCUAUACACUCGGGUGCAAUUCAAAAUCCCAACUAUCCUCUCCUGGGGGUGGGGGAGGGGGAGGGGGUGGACACCUUAUUUGGCCAAAAUUGGUAUUUAUUGCCAUACAUGGUAAAAUUUUCUUUGUCAUGAAUCUUUAAUUUUGCACAUGGUAGGUAAUUUUACGACAUGUUUUAACCAAGAGUUUCAUUCCACUUCAUACAUCUAACCCAAGGUAUCUUUCUGGACUGGAAUGUGAGAAAUGGUAGAUGGUAUUGUGUGUUAAGUAACUUUGUUGGUAUAGUUUUCAAUAGUUUAUCUGAGUAUGUCAGGGUAGCUAAGUGAGGCUGAUAAGUUACAAUGUUUUGCCUUUUUUUUUCAUCCUAAACAGGAUUGUAAAAUGAAACAAUUUUGUAUUCAUCCUUUAACUCCUAAGAUCUGUUUGCUAAUUCUCUCCUCUAGUUGCUUCACAUUUCCUUUUACAUUUGUUAUAGGAAUUUGUUCUUAGAUCAAGAUAACAAUUUUUUUUUUUAAAUAACCAUUUUGUUGGACAUUAUAUACUAGAUAGUCUUGGGAGAAUUUACAUGUUAAUCACAUCUGGGAGUUUAAGGGUUGAAACAGCAUGAUGUGAUACACUGCCACCUAAAUUUCACUCAAGUUCGAAAUAUCUUGGACAUUAGCAUUCCCUACAAAUUUGUUCAAACUGCAGCUUACUAACUCUGCAGAGUAGUUGCAGUAUGUAAUACUAAUGCUUAUUUCACAAUUUUGACAAGUACUGGUUAAUUUUCAUUUAUUCAGACUGAAGGGAAAAUGAAAUUGUUGAUUAACUUGAAAGGUGACUGAUAAAGAAACCUGGAUACUUCACAUAACCCAGACUUUUUUUUCCACAAGCCUGGUGUCUUUUUUUGAUUUUUUUUGUAAGAAAGUUGUGCUGCGAGGAACAACACACCCCUUGAUGUUCUCCAAUUCUGUUUGGUCUUUGUUGUUAUUAUUAGGUCCAAAGAACCAUUAUAAUCUCACAUUUGUAUGAAUAUGUUAUUGUUUAUUGGCUGGGCAGGGUUUAUCAAGUAGUGAAGAUGAUGACAUUGCCCGGAAACAAAAACCAAAAGAAAAUCAGAAGAAGAAGAAGAAGAAAGGAAAAAACAUUAUUGACUCAGGUAAUUUUUAGGAUGAACACCAACAGUUUCAAAAGGAACAGAUGUUGAGACUCUACACAAACUGUUAUACAUUAAUUUGUAUUAGUUUUAAUGGUUUCAAUGUACAUGUAAGCUUGGUAGUUGUGCUAUACAGUGUCCUUGUCAAUUCCACUGCAAUUUGCUCUGUUACGGAAACAUGGUGUAAAAAGAUUCACACAGUUAUACAUAGAACAUCACAGUGAUCUCCUGACCCUAUUUCUAAAUUAAUCCUUACAUCUCUGUUAGAUUCUGAUGAAGAUCCUCUUCCCCCAAGAAUCAGGUAUGUGAUUUGUUUCUUGAAUUUCUUUUCCCUCUCAUACAGUUGUAGUAAAACUUUUGGACUCUAAUAUCAGCCCUGAAUCAAGAGUCAAGGAUAUGAUCACCAACUAUAAAAGCUCUUGAUUAUUAAACAAAUUCUCCUUGUCAGCACCUUAGAAAAUGCAUAAAGAACAGUAUGGAGAAUAUGCAUACUGAUGUCAAGGUGUCUUCAGUACCAUGUUCUCUUUCAUGCACUUUCAGAAAAGCCACAUCAGUAAAGAAGGAGGAGAGCUCAAAAGCUAAGAAAAAUAGAAGACCAAUCAGCUUGGACUCAGGUAAGGAAAUGAUGUGCACUUAUUGAGGGUAUGCCAUACUUUUUAUGUGAAAGGCAAUUGGGAGAUUUUAUCUUCACAGGAAUCAUGAUAACAUCUUUUUAAAUUUUUUUUUAAAAUUUUAUAAGAUUAACAACUUUAUUAACAGGUUAGAAAGAGUGAAAAUAUGAAUUUGGUAUAAUUGUUUAAUUUCUUUGGUUUUAUUUAUCUUUAAAAUGUGACCAUCUUAAAUUUCAUGUGAAUGUGAAAGAAUUUUGGAUAUCGAUUUUUUUCAUGAUGCAUGAAAAGGCCUUAUAAUUAUUUUUAUGCAACUGAGUUCUACAAAAGGGUUUAGGGGACUCUCCUUAUUGAUGGAGUGUGAGGGCUGGAUAGGGAAAAUACUUUGUGUGAGGUGAGCUUGAGGUAAGAUGAGGUCAGUUUUUUUACAUCACCUGACCUUUAACCUUGCCUAUGUAUUUACUUGCCGAAGAAAACAAAGCCAUCCAGGGUUCAGCACACUUACCAUUAGACCACUCUGCCUUGAAUAGGUUUGAAUAUUACAGCACUUGAGUUAUAUUUUGAUGUGGUUUCUACAGAUGAGGAAGAAGCUGUGCCAAGAAAAUUAAAAAAGUCUGCCAAACAGACAGAAAAUGUAGCAUCUAAAGGGGUCCAGCAAGUUGAAGAGAGGUAUCAUCCAUCAUUCUCUUUCAUUAUAUUUCACAUUUCAGCACCAAACCAUGUUGUUCAUUUGGAACAUAAGAUAUUGCUCUGGAAAAUCAUCUGGCUUCUUCUAAAAAUAUCCAGCUAAAUGUUGUUUGUCUGUUUGUUUGUUUUUUUUUUCCUUUCUUCCUUCCAUCAGGCAUUGAGAAUGUUAGAUCUGUCAUAGGACACUGCUCUUAUGCUGAUACAUUUAACCCUUUGACCCCUAAGAGUGACCAGCAUCUAAUUUCUCCUUACAAUAUCAUCCCUGAAUCAAACAUUAAGGUUAUGAGAGUAAAGGAAAUGAUCACCAACUAAGCUUUUGUUUGUUAAACAAAUUCUCCUUGUCAGCACCUUAGCAAAUGUAUAGAGAACAGUAUGGAGAAUAUGCAUACUGAGUUUUAGGUGUUAAGGGUUAAAAAUGAAAAACAAACAAACAAGCAAACAACAGCAAAAUGAUAAAGACAGUGUUACACAGCCAUUAAGGGUGCAUUUAACACAGCAUUGUUUUGUUACUGAAAUAUUUAACACAUAAAUUGUUAUUCUUGCUUCAGUCCAGUCAAACCUAAAGAGAAAAAAGCAACUUCUGCACUUGAUUUCUUUGGUUCUACUCCAGUUGAAAGGGAAUCCAGGAAAACAUUUGCCAACAAGAGAAAACAGGUGAAUAACUAACUACACUUGUUUCACAAACAAUUUUUUUUAAAGAAAAAAUCAGGCAUCCUGUGUAUUUUAAACAGUACUUCACGCAUUGUGCAUUAUUUGAACAGGGAAAACUUUAAACCUCACCAUACCUUGCCUUUCUAUAAAAAUUCAUGCAUCACAUGUUAAUUUUGGGCUCAAUCACACAUCCCUUGUAAACCCUCUGCCAAUCUCUUAUUCAGUAGUUAUAUCAGGAUGUACCACAGUUAACACAUUCCAUGCCACAAAAUUAAUGGGUAUAAUGGCCAGUGUUUGAGUCACGCAUUAUGUAAUCAUAUGCAAGAAACUUUGUGGAUGGGGAGAAGAAAUGUUGAAGAAUAGUUUUGGCAAAAACAACACCAUGGGGACCCCCCCUUAAAGGGAUAAGUCCUUUUACUCCUAAGAUCUUAAAAUCAACUCUCUUUACUGCCCUCACACAAAUGUUAUGACAAUAUCUUUGAGAAUAUGGUGUUCAAUCAAUCGAUAUCCUCUUGUUUGUGAUUUCUUUCUUCUCAUUUCAUUGCUGCUUGACAGUGAAUUGGUAUUGUUAAGAGACAUUAGAAAAUUGAUCACUUUUGAGAGUGCAAAUUUUAAGCUGAUCCAGAGCUCAACCCACCUAAUGAUCAUCCCUAAAUUCCUUUUAAAACCAUCAAUAGUAAUUUUUUGUUUUCAUUUCCAACAGAGAUCUGACGAGUCUGAAGAAAAUGAAGACUCCAAAGUGAAUAGAAAAGAAGAGUAUAAAAAUGGGAGAGAAAAAGAAGGAAGAGAAAAUAGGAAUGUCAACCGUCACACAACAGAGCAACCAUCAAAGAAAAGAAAGGAAGACUUCUCAGAAUCAAAGUCUGAGGUUAAAAAGCCUUCCCCUGAGAAGAAAAAGGUUUGUAAGCCUUUUGAUUACCAUACUUUACUGUUGCAAAAUUAAUCAUUACUAUUUAUGCAUAAACUUGCCAUCCUGAAACUAGAAUGGAUUGGAUUUGAUAUGAUUUCAUGUGUAUGGUAACUGUUAUUAAGUACUUGAAUAAGGUACUUGUAGAUGAAACAGUAACAUUUUAUGAGUAAAUUUGGCUCUGUAUGAGAUCCAAAAGCUUACUCAAACUUGUUAACUGGUGGUACAUGUGCAUGUUGUAUAUACAUUAACCUGUCCUACUAUGACAGUAGAUGGUUUUUACUCAGAUGCACAUAACUAACAAUACUUGCAACAAAACAUUACUUACAAUACUAACACUACUCAAAAUACUACCAUUACUGUACCUGGAAUUUAUACUAAAAACAGUAACAAUGGUGACAAAAACUUUCAGGUACAUUCUUGUUGAUUUUAACUUUGACAAUCCAGGAGAUGUUACCACCUUGUCUCCAUUUUUCAAAGCAGCAGUGUCUUUCACAAUCAACAUUCAACUCUUGCCUUGUGAGGACAACUCUAAGCUGUUAGAAUGUUUAAUAUACAUGUAACUUUUGUUCACUUAUCCAUGGACUUUUCAGGAAAUACCAAAGACAACUCCUGCCAGCAAACUGGCUGCCAAAGCUGCUACAGUUCCAGAAACUCCAGUUAGAGACUCAAAACCAAGUCCAAAGAAAACUGUUACUCCAAAAAAGGAUAAAAAAGAUGUCGAUAAGGAAACUCCAAUCAAAGGAACACCAAAGGUGUCAAAAUCAGAGGAAGUGGCUGAAAUUCCACCCUCACUGGAAAAGAAAAAGUCUGGCUACCGUAGUUUUAUGGCAAGAGAUGGUCCUAGGGCACUUGGUUCAAAGGAAAUCCCUCAGGUUGGUUUCAAAGUCCAAGAUCUGAUUAUUAAUUCUCUCCUCUUGCUGCCAGACAUUUUCCUGUAAAUUAAUAAAAAGAAUUUGUUGUUAGAUCAUUAUAACAACUACAUGUACCUGAUAAGUUUUAAUGUUCUCAUUACCUGUUUGUGAGAUAAUGUAUUGGAUAUUCUUGGGAGAAGUUACAUGUUAAUUUCUUCUGGUAGUUAAAUUAUUGUUAUCUCUCAAAGCUCUUAAUGGUUUGCUUUCCAUCCUUUCAAAUUUUAAUUAGAGAUGCUAGACAAAAAAUAUCUACUGAGUCUUAAUUUUUUGGCAUGUAUAACUUUUCAGUUUGGACAGUAUUAAGAAGCCUUCAGGGGAAGAAUUGAUUAUUUGUCUACACAUCUUGAAUCUUGCAUGCACUUGAUAAUUUAAUUUUUAGGGAGCAGAAAACUGUUUGGAUGGAUUGACAUUUGUUAUUACGGGAAUCUUGGAAAGUAUUGAGAGAGAGGAGGCAGCUGAUUUGAUUCAAAGAUAUGGUGGAAAAGUUACCCAAUCAGUGAGCAAGAAAACAAGUUAUGUCGUGGUGGGACGGGAUCCUGGAGAGAGCAAACUUUCUAAGGUACAGCUCAAAAGUGGAAAAAAAAGAAAAGAACCAUGAACACAAACAUAAUUAUAAGCUGCACCUUUCUCCCUAGAUUUUUAUAACAAAUCCAGGUGCAGCUUACUGCAAAAACACCUGGGAAACUUGCCACAAAUUUGCAUGAAUUGACACACUUAAUUGAUGAUUUGUAAGUCUGUAUGGCAAACUCACAAGAAUUGAAAAAUUUACCAGCUGGAGGGUAGAAAUUAAUUAAUUUCAUUUUGAUGUUGGCUUCUAAAGGAGGUUUUUUUUUUUUUUCAAAGUAGCAUAAACUUGUAUUUCUUGCUGUGGAGGUCACUAUAUGUUUCUUUGUUAAGAGAACUUUUAACUGGUUUAAGGUCGUAUUUGCUUCCUCGAGUAGCUAAACAUUACUUGACAAGAAACCCAUGGUUUCUUUGUUGUUGUUGUUGUUUUUUUACUUUGGUGCUUAUUUGUUAGGCUAAGCAAUGUGGAACAUCACAAAUAGAUGAAGAUGGUCUGUUUGAGCUUGUCAGAACAAAACCAGGCAAUGAGACCAGCUAUGAACCACCAAGUGUGGAGAAGAAGACAAAGAAGAAGGAGAAAACUGAACCAGUGGAGUCUCUCAGCCAGGGAAAAGAUCAGUUUGAGGGUGAUUCAUCGCAACUGAGUGAAAGGUCUGUGUCAUCUCCAGCAACACAAACACCAUCAUCAUCACCUGCACUGAAAGGUGGGUGUUGCAAACCUUUUCAACAAUUAGCACAAGUGCAUGACUUCACAGAAAAUUUAAUUCACACUUCUGUUAUAUCCCUUAAAUUUCCUUACCAGUGAGCAUCCUACAUGUAUUGUGGUGUGAUCAUACUUUGUGAAUAUAAUCUCUCUUGUGUACAUCCAGUUACGACUUGUAUAAAUACAUGCACAUGUAUAUAAUAUACAUGUACCAAUAAAAUGUCAUAGGAGCCAUAGGCUUGUGUGCAACUGAUAACAUAAUUUGUUCAUCCUCAUUUUCCUUCUUCUUCUGUCUACUUAAUUUACAGUAUCACUCAGAUUGUCUGUCUGUCUGCUAUUUCAUGUAUGUUCAUUCUUCCAGUUACUGUCUCUCUCUAUCUGUCACUUACUCUGCUUGUUCUCCUCUGUCCAGUCACCCACAUGUCAGUUUUACCACUACCCUUCAUUCCACCUGUAGACUUGUUUGUGUUACUUAACUUGAGUUACAAGAAAGGAAAGUUUUUUGUUUUGUUUGUUUGUUUGUUUGAUUUUUAAAUCUACAUAGGAUUUUGAAAGUAAAGGUAAUUUUGUUUUUGUGCAGGAGAACCAUGUCUGUUAUGGGUAGACAAAUAUCGGCCUCGUGCAGUGAAGCAGAUUAUUGGUCAGCAGGGUGACAAGAGCAACAUGAGAAAGCUGAUGAACUGGCUGAGAGACUGGGAAAAGAAUAGAAAGAAACCAGCCUCUAAAUGUGAGUACAUGUGUAUUUGAUUGUCAAGAUGCUUUUCCCUCAAAUACAUGUACAUGUAACUUCUCUUCAGGCAAGAAUGCAAACGGUUCAGGCAAACUGUUGGAGAAAGCAGAUGAAAAAGUUUGGGUUGUAACCAGAUAGGGGGACCCUAUUGUAAGGAUUUCUCCUUACAAUAUCAAUACAAUAUCAAUACAAUAUCAAUACAAUAUCAAUACAAUAUCAAUACAAUAUCAAUACAAUAUCAAUACAAUAUCAAUACAAUAUCAAUACAAUAUCAAUACAAUAUCAAUACAAUAUCAAUACAAUAUCAAUACAAUAUCAAUCAGACAGGUGAUGAGAAUGAAGAAAAAAAUUAAUAUCAAUUAAGGGAUUAUUAAUUGAUCCAAUACCAAAUUAUCCAAAUCAUAAGAAUUUUAUGGCAGACAGUGAGAAGUACAAGUGAGCUGUUAUGAAAUUGGUUGUUGUUCAUUGUGGUAGCUGGAUGAUAUUAUAAGUUUGUUCUGUUGUCUCACGACAAAGUCACUUGAUGUGGAACGCAACGUUUCGACUGCUUACUGUAAGUCUUCUUCAGGCGAUGGGGUCGACUGGUUGUGGCACGCCAUCAUGUAUCAUCAUGAUGGUUUGUUGUAAUUGGUGCAUUGCCCAAUCGAAAUGCACCAAUUACAACAAACCAUCAUGAUGAUACAUAAUGCCGUGCUACUAGUGAGCUGUUUGGAGUAAAAGGAUUCAGUGCAUGAACCUACGUAAGACUUUAAAUUGAGUUGUGAUGCAAAUUUUGUCUAGCCUGGACUGAAUACCUUUUACACUGAAUCCAGAUUGUUUCUUAAUUCCCACAUUCAGCGGUACAUUUUUAAACAGGGGUAACUUAUGAACUUUGAUGAGUUUAUUUCACUUGACAGUCACUUUCACAUGUGGUUAUGUAGUUAUGUUAGUAAUGGAAUCACAAUUGUAAGCAUUUUAUUUUGUACAGCUUCCUUUUUCAACAAAGAUCAAGAUGGGUCUUCCUGUAAGGCAGCUCUUCUGUCCGGUUCCCCAGGAGUUGGAAAAACAACAACAGCUACACUGGUUUGUGAAGAGCUUGGUUUUACGUACAUUGAAAUGAAUGCCAGUGACACACGGAGCAAAAAGACCUUGGAAGAACACAUUUCUCAUUCACUGAGCAAUAAAACCAUGGAUGGCUUUCUUACAGGUUGUCAAAUUUCUGUAAGAUUUGGAGUGACUUUGAUGUUAUUGAAGACGCUUCAUUCAUUCCCUUGUCUUACUAAACUGACUUUCCACUGUAGGGUAAUUUUGUAUUUUUAACUGACUUGGUGACGUAAAUUGGCCACCGAAAAGAGUUUUAAAGCUGACGUUUCGUGCGCCAGCCCUUCGUCAGUGCGAAUAUAUGAAGGACUCUGACGAAGGACUAACGCUCCAAACGUCAGCUUCCAAACUCUUUACGGUGGACAAUUUACGUUGUUAACGCAGCUGAUGGUACUAAAUUACCCUGUUAUACUCUCCCACCGAUGCAGCACCACAGUUUCUUUAGAAACUUACCCACUUUUUUCAUUUGACUUUCCACUGUAUCAUCCUCUCAAUAUCACUUUUUAUCCUACACUGAACACAGCAGAUUGAUGCUUGAUAGCAAACUUAUUACCUCUAACAAUGUUAUUGUUCAUAUUCCUAUUUUGCGGCAAAGGCGAAAGGUGUAGACUUAGCGGACUGUCAGAGCAAAUAUUUCCUCAGAGGUCCAAAAGAAAGUUUAUUUUGAUAUCCCUGUCCUAGAUAUUCAUCGUGAAUCAAACUGAAUUUAUGAUUCGUCGCGUUUAUAUACUGUUUAUUGCGCCGCUGACAAUAUACCUUGGGCGCAGUUUCCUACGCUAUAUGCGUAGUUUGAGCGUUACUAACGGUGUUAUUUUUUUGCCGUUUUUUACCGAUUUAGUUUUAGCGAGGGAUUUUAGGAUAGACCCUCAUUUGUUAUUCGUUUUUAUUAUCCUGUUGCAAAUUGUUGCGGUAACUGAAAACGCGUAAACCUAUCUAUGCAUUUCUGAUAUGCUCGUUGUACCCUUUAUUUAGAACUCCAAAGAUCUGAGGCUAAUUUUCUAAACUCAUCAAUAUAGUGUAUCCAAACGUUUCUGCUCAAUUGCACUCUGCACUUGUGUACAAUACCACUCAAUCUCGACUCGAAACUCGAUCCUCAAUCCUCGAAACUAUCGAGGAUCGAGGCCCGCUUAUGGAGUGUCGAAUGUCGAGCAUCGAAACGAUUGAAGAACUUUUCGAGGAUCAUGAUCCACAGUUUCAAGAAAAUGAUUUUAUUGUUGCACGUAAAACAAUAAUGAAGGACAAAGCGCUUGACUCGCGGUUUCUCUUUUUGUUGUUGUGGCAGGUCAAAAAGCGGACCCCAGUAAACAUGUUCUCUUAAUGGAUGAAGUUGAUGGAAUGGCGGGAAACGAGGACAGAGGAGGAAUGCAGGUCAGAAUAAAAUAUGAUUACUGCCUCUUUUGUUUGUUUGUUUUAUGUGUUUGUUUAUUAUGCUUUUUUGUUUUGUUUUGUUUUAGAGGGAAUCCUGUUGUUUUUGUUUUCAAGUUAUUUCGUAUUGCUCUUUCGUGCUUUUAUUCAGCGUUUAACUAGUAUCUGACAGUAUGUACUCUGUGAUGAUGUAGUAUCUGUGCGCGAUGAUAUAAGAGUUUAGGAGCUCGCUGGGCCUUCUGGGAGAGAUCCAAAGGAAAAAAACGUGUUGUGUUCUUGUAGCCAUCUUGAUGAUGACCUUUGGUGAAUCUACGGAAUCUUGUGCAAUCCUUGAGAGGUUUUGACCCCUUGGAAUGUUGUAACCUUUAGGAAUCGAGCCUGACAAUCCUUGAAAUAAAAUACAGUUAAAAUUCGUCUACAGUAUCAGUCGAAAUGAAACAACUUCCUUCUUAUUCAGUACUAAGAUUAGUACAUAAUGAUUAUAACGUAUUUUGAUCAUUUUGGAAAGUCAUGAAUUCAAGUCACUGUUUCAAAGUAAACUUUGACAAAAAGUUGUAUCUCUUAUCCGUAUUUUUUUUUUCAACAGGAACUCAUAUCACUGAUAAAGAGUUCAAAGAUACCCGUCAUCUGCAUGUGUAAUGACAGGAACAGUCCCAAAAUGCGCAGCUUGGCAAAUCACUGUUUUGAUUUGAGAUUUCAGAGACCUCGGGUUGAACAGAUCAAGGUAACGCAAUGGGUGUUUGUCUAGUCGAUUUGAUGAUGAGAUGCAUAUACAUGUAAUUUACUCUGAAAGAGAUUUGAACACAGGAGUACAGUAUGGGAUGUAUUACAAAUGUGUGUUCAAGACCUUAACCCUAGCUUGCAGAACAGGCGUCAAUUUUUUUUGCGUGUUUCAGUCGAACAGAGGCAAGCGUGAGGCGAGCGCGAAGUGCGAGUCACGCGCGCGAGGAGAGGAGCGCAAAAAGAUCAACGUGUACAUACCCUCGCGCCUGAUUUGCGCUUUGUGCUUGCCUAGCACUUGUCUCUGGUCGCCCGUGAAACGCAACAAAUUACACCGGUUCUGCACGUCACCAAAAGUCAAACCAGCGUUAAAGACUAUAACAAAUCACAAGGAGCCUUGGUAUACGUUCGAUUUCCGCCGCUUUUUCGUGUCAGGUCUUCGCUCCUCCCUAAAAAGAGACAGCGUAGGGGAGGAGUGCGGGCUCAUAUUCCCGAACAGCGGCUGGUAAUCGAGCCAACCCUUGGGAACUCAAAGUAAAGAAGGUUGGUCGUUUUCAAUUUCAGGGAGCCAUGAUGAGCAUAGCAUUUAAAGAAGGACUCAAGAUACCACCCCAGGCCAUGGAGCAGAUUAUUUUAGGGGCAAACCGGGAUGUCCGACAGGUUAAGGAACAAAAUUAGCAUUCACUUAAUAUCAUUCUUGCAUUCAACUACCGCGCGCAAUUAGCGAGCAAUCCCCUGGGGGGGGGGGGGGAGAAGUAUUUUUGAUAUUUGGGGCUAACAAAUUGUGGGGCGAUCAUUGUGCGGGAACUUGUGUCUGGUUUUUGCCCAGAUUGAAUGACUUUUGUGACUUAACAGUAUGCAUUUCUCCGAUUGAAAACCUCUCUUUUUAAAAGAGAACUUCAUAAAGAGUCUCAGUAAUGAUUUAUCAUAUACCGCAUGCAAAGUUAGCCGGAACAAAGAUCAAUGUAACAACCAUUGUAAAACUUUUGAUGUGGAAGUGGGCGAGAAAAAAGGGCAUGAGGGAGGUGUGAGCCUUUUGAAAACUUUAAGUUUUUUUAGUCGAAGGUGGGGGAGGGGGGGAAGGGGACAUAAAAGAGAGGUCUCUCUAAUGGGGAGCAAGGGGUUCUGGAGCGUUUACAAAUAAAGAACAUUGAAUUCCCACCGAUGAGAUUAGAUAUCGGCGUCAGUUUUUAUUUUUAUUUUAUUAUUUUUUUUGCUUUUUCUUUUUUGCGACGUUAUUGUUUUGUUGUUGUUGUUGUUGUUGUUGUUGGUAUUGUUUUGCCUCUUGUGAUUUUUUGUUGUUGUUUUUGGUGGUAUGUUCAUGUGGUUGCGUUGUUGUUGCGGUUUUAUUUUGUUUUUCUUUCUUUUGGUUUUGUUUUGUUUAGUUUGUAUGUUUGUAUUUUUCUGCGGAGCUUUUUGAAACUAAGCUUUUGUCAAAUUAACGGUAACUGUGAAAUCUUUAUGGGCGAAGAUCAGAAGAGGAAAGUUGACGGAAAGGGAAAUUUUAGGAUGAAGAAGAUUCACAAGGAUAAAAAAGGGCAAUUAUUGUCACUUUAUUGGGCAUUGUGGCCCAUUUUGCGGGCUUAAAUGUUCGCACGCUCGUCUGAUUGUUCAGACUUUUGGUUUGUUCUUUUGUUUUUUUGUUAUUUUUUCAGUUCUUUUUAAUUUCUCAGCGCCUUCAAAGUAAUAAUGAUAAUGAUAGAGGUAUAAAUAUUUUUGGAGCCUUUCUCUGCCGUGAGCUAGUUUUAACCCUCGACUCAGAGUGGGGUCCAAAAAUACAGUUAUGUCCGCAAACAUAAACUCUAUUGUUAUAUUUUCGCAGGUUCUUCACAACUUGUCGAUGUGGACAGCUAAGGAAAAGUCGCUUAAUUACGACCAGGCAAAGGAAGAGGCAGCCAAGGCACAAAAAGACAUCAAAAUGGUAAUAAGUUUAUCAUCGACUGCUGAUAAAUUAGUUAUUUUAUCUGUUUGAUAUAAUAUUCCGUCACGAAACCUACGAUCUGUUCCAAAAAGGUGCUCCAUAGUUUGGUCAGUUAUUUGUGCCCAUUCCAGUCGUCAGGAAAUAAAAAAAGUGCUAUAUGUUUAAUGUUCCAUUACCUACUAACCCGCUGACACGUCACCCAUCUUCUAUGGAGUGACCAACAUGGCUGGGUCCGUCCUCGGAGAUUCACGAUUAACGAUUUACGAUCCACGAUUCACAAUCCACGAUUCACAACUCACGACUCAUGACUCACGACUCACGACUCACGACUCACGACUCACGACUCACGACUCACGACUCACGACUCACGACUCACGACUCACGACUCACGACUCACGACUCACGACUCACGACUCACGACUCACGACUCACGAUUCAGAAAAAAUGAGGCAAGUUUAAACAGAAGAAAACGAUGGAGCAAGAAGUGUAUUUUAGGAUAGUAUUCAUUUUUUUUUGACCUUAGACGGUAAAAAAUAAUUUGUAAAAAAGCUUCAACUUCUUACAUAACCCUCAAAGACAGUUCGCCAAUUUGGCAGAUUCAUACGUAGUCGCCGUAAUUUUUCACUAAUCAUCAUGGUGACCCGAACGGUCGCAGUUUACAGCGCUGUAGAGUGGUUGUGAUUCAUACAUAACAGUGCACGGUUCUGAGUAACUGAUAGAAGGCCUUUUUAUCGUCAGGGAGCUUUUGAUGCUGUGAGGAGACUUCUCUCUGGAGCUGAGAGUUCGAAGAUGAAUUUGAUCGAAAAAUCCGACAUGUUCUUUUGUGAUUACUCCAUGAUGCCUCUUUUUAUGCAAGAAAAUUACCUCAUGGUUGACCCAAGUCAGAGCCGGUGAGUUGAGAACUCAGUACUUUCCGAAAGUAAUACUGGAUAUCCUGCUUUUUCUUCUCUUCACUUCACUUCGCUUCGUGAUUGGUCCAGAAAACUCACACUAUCCCCUCAACCAAUCAGAUUUAAAACUUAAACUUAUCGCGACUUGGUCGCCCGCGUUUUCCCGCGCUUUGAGCGGGAUAGUAGCGAAGGAUUGAGAAAACGAGGAGGGUUUGGAUGGGGUGUGGUCGGGACCCGGACCCGAACCCGACCCAAGCCUCACUCGUUUUUUCUCUAAUCGCGCCGUUUUCUAUUUCGCUCCGUUGUGCUAACUGAGCCUGGAGCAAGCUUGUUGUUCAGCUACACUGCGCUUAAACUGUUUAGAUUAACUAUUAGAUUCAUGUGGGAUAGAGACACAUGACCGUUUAAAAUUACUUACGGAAGUGGAUUAAUUUGUCCGCUCGAUGUUUCUGUUUUGUUUUGGUUUUGUUUUUGUUGUUUGUUUUGUUUUUGUGUACUUUUUGUUGUUUAUUUUUUGUUUUUCCCUCUUUGUUUUUGUUUUUGUUUUUUAUUGACUUGUUACCAUGCGUGAUUACCUCAUAUAUCUAGUGGUGAUAUCAAGAAGACACUGUCACUCGUUAGUCAAACCGCCGACUCCAUUUGUGACGGAGAUCUGGUGGAAAAACUUAUCAGGCAAGGAGGCAACUGGUCCAUGUUACCCAUGCAGGUACGACAAUUACCGUGCAAUGUGGAGCAUAUCUAACUUUGCCUUCGGGAUAUGGGUUUUAUUACAAUACCGCUGUUGUACAUUUUACUAACUGUUGCGCACAGUAACAACCACUGGGAGCUAAUCUGCAUAGCAGGUGCAGGAGAAAGGCCAGUGAUAGCGGAGCACGCAGAGCGUAGCCCCAUAAUUAUACAAAAUGGUAGUAGUAUCCCGUCAAGCCGAAAAAAUUUGGACUUGUGACCGUACGGGCGUCCGUACAUGGUGCUACUUUUAACAUGCGUGGUCAACUGUACCGUGGGCACGCCAACGCCACGGCUUUGUCCAGUAGUCCAGUAGUCAGUGCACUGGGCUCCGCGGCGGACGACCCGUGUUCUAGUCCUGGCCGGGGCAAGGCGUUGUGCCCUUGAGACGUGCGGGAAAAAAAUGCGAGCUCCGCCUUUAGGCUUGGCUAAAUCUAUAUAUUACGAAAACGAUCCCAGACGUCGGGCAAAGAUUUGAAACAUAGCGAAGAUUAUGAAUUCCUUGGUUUAUGUUGCCCGGUCAACCCUUUACAUCCUAACAUAAGGAUUCAUAUUCUCCAUACAUUUCCUGAGAUGCUGAUGAGGAGAAUUUGUGUAGCAAUCAAAAGCUUUUUCGGUUGGGGUUAUAAUUUUCGUUAUUCUCAUGACCGUAAUAUUUGAUUCAGGGCUGAUAUUGAUAGGAGAAAUUAUAUAUUAAGCUCAGUUAUUCACGCAUUCUAAUUGGUUCUCACUUAUGAUUUAUUAGAGAACAGACGUAUAGAUGACGUCAUCAUUAAAACUUUUUUCCCGUAAAUUUUAAUUUUUAUUACAUGAAACAAAUAGAUUCUAAGUUACCGUGCGUCUGUUCAGUAAUAGCUCACAGAGGACGUAAAAAUGUGGAAAGAACAUCAGUGACACACUCAGCUGCGCCUCGUGUGCCACUUUUUUGUUCUUACCACAUUUUGACGUCAUCUGUGAUCUAUUACAGAACAGACGCACGGUAACUUGGAAUCUAUUGGUUAAAUAGAUGCUAGUUACCCUUUGUGGUUAAAGGGUUGCAGCAGAGGAGAAUAACUCAACAUUCGCCGUCAUACUUAGUCUUACUUAAUAAUUCUUUAAAGUGUUAAAAUUAGCAUCCAAGUGAAAGUCUCGUUUGACCUCAGUGUUGAUUUUGCGUUGUUAAAUUCUUUUUAGGCCAUGUUUUCGUGUGUGAUCCCAUCGACCUUGAUAAGCGGGGGAAUGGGUCAGAGGAUUGAGUUUCCUCAGUGGUUGGGUAAAAAUUCCAAAUAUGGCAGGAUGGACCGCAUGCUACAAGAACUGAAGGGUCACAUGAGAUUAAGGUAAGGAUGUUUUUGAAUUGUGCUUGGGCCAAGGAAGCGUAUGUCGAUCGAGUUAUCACAACAAACAGUCAGAAUGAGAAGAAAAUAAGAAUCGAGGCAGCCAAUUAGAUUAGAAAGUGAGACCCGGCAAAAUUACUGAAGUACGGGAAAACGCAAACAGCUAAUAUCCCUUCACACAAGCAAAAUGUGUCGAAAAAACAGAUUUGACUGAAUGAGAAUCGGCAACAGAAAACUGAAAAACUAAAUUGUUCCUAGCGUUUAAGUGAUCCUCAACUGCUAUUCUCAUUAUGUUAAAUUUGAGGGCGACAAAUACUAGUUUAAGUAUCUUCGAUAAAGGAGACAUGUUUGAAUUGUUUUUCUUUUUUCUCUGUUUGUUUGUUUUGUUUUGUUUUAUUUUAGCUUUAAAACGUGCUUUCGCGUCGGUGUGAACGGCAAUUAAGAUACGGCCUGAUUGUAUUGGGUGGAAAUGAUGUGGGUGGUUGGUGUUAUGUUUGUUUGCUUGCUUUUUGACCAAAAUACAUUCAGCAUCAUGGCAAAGCUGUAAUUCUGCAUUACUUUAGUCAUUCCACGAAAUAUUUUCAUAGACGUUAAUUUUCAAUUUGACAGUUUUUGUGUCAUGAACUUUUGAUAUAAUGAAUUUUAAAUAAAAAUGGUUAGUCUUAAAUUUGUCUCGCUAUUAUCAUCAGUGGUAUCGUUAUCAUUAUCAUUAUUAUUAUUGUCAUUAUUAUAUUUAUGUUUAGAUAGCACUAUAGUAAUAUUAUUAAUUUCAUGUGCAUUAAUAUUUUGUAGCACAUCUGGGAGCAAGUUGUCUAUGAACAUGGAUUACAUUCCUCAUCUCAGGAAAGUCCUUACCAGGCCCCUUAUGACUCAGGUAUGUUCGACAUAAGUUUGCAUCUGGAGUGAGCUUGCUCGAUCGAUCCGGCAAAUUAUCGAUGAUUUUUUUAACACGUUAUGUUUUAGUACUGUUAUGUCAUCACUGUUUAUUAAUAUGAAGAGAACAUACCAAUUUGCAUGUUGAUUUGUAGACUCAAAAGGCUUAUCUACUUGAUCUGUAUCUUUUAAUUUUCUGCCAAAAGUUUUAGUCAGGUGAUUAUCAAGUCAUUUUUGUGGAAUUUGCCUCUUUUUUUCUCUUUAUUUUUAUUUUUUUCGCUUUUUAUCAUUGGCCAUUGGCUGCUAACAUGGGCUUCCUUGCUAAAUUCAAAUCCCGUUUCUACGCUUAGGAAUCAGACCAGAUUAACCCUGGCGUGUCCAGGGUCAUGCAAGUAAUGGAGAACUAUGACUUAACCAAAGAAGAUUGGGAUUCUAUCAUUGAAGUUGGUCAAUUUGAAGGACAAAGGGAUCCCGUUGCGUCAAUUCCAUCAAAGGUAUGGUGUACAUUCUAG